CCUCCCCUCCCUUGUCGCUCGCCACGUCCCGCUCCCGCCCUGUGGUCUGAUGGCGGCGUGGGGCAAUGGCGUUCUCUCUGUACUCUUUGCUUCAGGCAGCCCUCCUCAUCAUCAAUGCCAUCGCUGUCUUACACGAGGAGCGGUUCCUCCGCCACGUUGGCUGGGGAAGUGAUCAAGGGAUCGGAGGAUUUGGAGAGGAACCUGGAAUUAAAGCACAGCUAACAAACCUCAUCCGAUCUGUGCGGACUGUCAUGAGAGUGCCGUUAAUAGCAGUGAACUCAGUUACAAUCAUUCUCCUCCUGUUGUUUGGGUGAAGAGACCCUGAGCCAAAUCUGGUGGACAUCCAAAGAUGCACAUUGCUGACCAUCACUGCUCUUGAGUUUUCUGGGAUCCAGCACGAUUUAGCUGUCAAAAUUGACAAAUUCAAGAUAAAACAAUAAAGACACUAUUUCUAUUUA